AUGUACGUGGUUUUGAUUCUCGUGAUCAUCCUAUCAUCCAUUUUCUUGACAUUCCCAAAACUGUUUGGCAGACGUCGACAAGGUCGAACGAUACCAGGACCUUCCUUUCUGCAAGGUCUGAAACUCGUUUAUCUGCCCGACUUGGCCAGGAAGCAAAGGGACAUGAUGCAAAUUGACCUUUUGGUGGCGAGAGUAAUCAUCGUAAAUGACGCAGAGGUGUACCGGAAGCUCGUCACGGCCCGGGAGUUUCGGAACUUGACCAACGACAGACCCGGAACUUUCGUCGGCAACUACCACGCGUACGAAGGCCGGGACAUCAUCCUGGCGGACCACGUCCCGGAACAAAUCAAACGGAAAAAAAGUUUUUGUCGGUUUCCUGAAGCGAUUCGAAGGAAGCGGCUAGCAUUUCGAAAAUCGAAUGUCAGAAACGCUGAACGAAUUAAAAGCAGGAUUCAAAAAUGGUAAGAACGUGAAAUUUUCCAGCCAGAUCAAGGGGUAUGUAUUAAAUCUCGUGUGUGUGCUGCUAACCGAAAAUACGUCAGAGCAAGGUUUGUACGAUCUGACGACCAUCGAGGACUUUACGAAAUCUCUCGAUGAAAUAUUUCUGAUUGAGAACGAGACGUUCCUGCACACGUUUCCGUUCCUGGGUUUCGCUCCGGGGUUAAAGUUCAAAGCCCUACACGAGAAUCUAACCAACAGUGCGCACAACCUGCAUGAGGCUUUCUUCUACGCUGUCAAAGCAACCAUCAAACCCGGACUGCAAAGGGGCUUCAUAGAUGACCUCCUCAAUGCCCAACAUGAGCUGGACCAGGAAGGUUGUCCCCAGCUGUUCGAAGAUGAAGCCGUCAAGGCUAUGAUUCAAAAUGUGGUCGUCGGUGCUUAUCUGACCACAUUGUCCACCGUCGAGACUCUGUUCCUCCACCUGCUUCAUCGUCAGGACAUACAGGACAGGAUCUUCCAGGAAAUUGUUGACGUCAUCGGCGAGUCGCCACCGAGGCUCCAUCACCGUCCGUCGAUGCCGUUCACGGAGUCCGUCAUCCUUGAAACGCUCUGUCUCUCGGCGCUGGCUCCUUUUUACGUCCCGCACCGGAUCCGGGAGGAUGUCCUCUUCGACGAAUACGUCAUCCCCAAGGGAACCGUCAUCCCCAAGGGAACCUUCAUCCUCAAGGGAACCGUCAUCCCCAAGGGAACCGUCAUCCCCAAGGGAACCGUCUUGCAGAUGAACAGCUGGUUCAACCUGCACUUGGAGAAGAGAUGGAUCGACCCGUGGACGUUCCACCCGUCAUGAUUUCUCGACGACAACGGACGCCUGCUGAACGCCGACAACCCGAAACGACGCCAGCUGCUGCCCUUUGGGGUGGGGCUCAGGAUGUGCCCGGGAGAGGCCCUCGUGAAGUCCAAGAUUUUUAUGAUCGUGACCACCUUGCUGCAGCUCCUUCCUCCGGACGAUGGGUUUAUGUUACCGUCUGCCGACCCGAGGGACUGGCCGGGAAGUGCUGUGCUGAACCUGGCGAACUACACGUGUAAAGUGAUGGUCAGA